CCGGACAGCCGCACUGACUGACCGCGCCCGAUGUGUCGCUGAGGCCCUGACGUGCCCGCACUUCGGUUCCGGACUCGUGGUUCCCCCGGGGCAUGGGCGGACUGGCCGGUGCGAGUGAGGGAGACGAGGGACUUCCGUUUCCUUCUAGGCUGGGGCCCAGCGGCGCAGCGGAGUUGGCCUUUCCAGAUUGUGGCUCGGGUGGCCCAUCCUUCAGCACCCUCCCCUCGGGACCGCGCAGGGCGCCGCGGGCGAUCCGGGCCGGCUCUCCGGGCGCGGUGGACAAGUCCUAUUUUCAAGAGAAGAUGACUUUAAACAGUUUUGAAGGAUCUAAAACUUGUGUACCUGCAGACAUCGAUAAGGAUGAAGAGUUUAUAGGAGAGUUUAAUAGAUUAAAAACUUUUUCUAAUUUUCCAAGUAGUAGUCCUGUUUCAGCAUCAACGCUAGCACGAGCUGGUUUUCUAUAUACUGGUGAAGGAGACACCGUGCGGUGCUUUAGUUGUCAUGCAGCAGUAGAUAGUUGGCAAUAUGGAGACUCAGCAGUUGGAAGACACAGGAAAGUAUCCCCAAGUUGCAGAUUUAUUAAUGGUUUUUAUUUUGAAAAUAAUCUCACGCAACCUACAGAUCCUGGUGUUCAAAAUGGUCAGUACAAAGCUGAAAACCAUCUGGGAAGCAGAAAUCUUUUUGUUUUAGACAGGCCAUCUGAGACUCAAGCAGACUAUCUUUUGAGAACUGGACAGGUUGUAGAUCUAUCAGACACCAUAUACCCAAGGAAUCCUGCCAUGUGUAGUGAAGAAGCUAGAUUGAAGUCAUUUCAGAACUGGCCAGACUAUGCCCACUUAACCCCAAGAGAGUUGGCUAGUGCUGGACUCUACUACACAGGUAUUGAUGAUCAAGUGCAAUGCUUUUGUUGUGGUGGAAAACUGAAAAACUGGGAACCUUGUGAUCGUGCAUGGUCAGAACACAGGCGACACUUUCCUAAUUGUUUCUUUGUUUUGGGCCGGAAUGUUAAUAUUCGAAGUGAAUCUGAUGUCGUGAGUUCUGAUAGAAAUUUCCCUAAUUCAUCAAAUCCACCAAGAAAUCCAGCCAUGGCAGAUUAUGAAGCACGGAUCAUUACUUUUGGCACGUGGAUAUACUCAGUUAACAAGGAGCAGCUUGCGAGAGCUGGAUUUUAUUAUUUAGGUGAAGGUGAUAAAGUAAAGUGCUUUCACUGUGGAGGAGGGCUAACUGAUUGGAAGCCCAGUGAAGACCCUUGGGAACAGCAUGCUAAAUGGUAUCCAGGGUGUAAAUAUCUGUUAGAAGAGAAGGGACAAGAUUAUAUAAACAAUAUUCAUUUAACGCAUUCACUUGAGUCUCUGGUAAGACCUGCUGAAAAAACACCAUCACUAAUUGAAAGAACUGAUGAUACCAUCUUUCAGAAUCCUAUGGUACAGGAAGCUAUACGCAUGGGAUUCAAUUUCAGGGACAUUAAGAAAAUAAUAGAGGAAAAAAUUCAGACAUCUGGGAGCAACUAUAAAUCACUUGAGGUUCUGGUUGCAGAUUUGGUGAGUGCUCAGAAAGACAAUGCACAAGAUGAAUCAAGUCAGACCUCCUUGCAGAAAGAGAUUAGUACUGAAGAACAGCUAAGGCUCCUGCAAGAGGAGAAGCUUUGCAAAAUCUGUAUGGAUAGAAAUAUUGCUAUAGUUUUUAUUCCUUGUGGACAUCUGGUCACUUGUAAACAAUGUGCUGAAGCAGUUGACAAAUGCCCCAUGUGCUACACAGUCAUUACUUACAAGCAAAAAAUUUUUAUGUCUUAAAAUCUAACUCUACAGUAGGCGUGUUAUGUUCUGUCUUAUUACCCUGUUUGAAUGUGUAAUAUGAACCAACUUUAAGUAAUCAGCAUUGAAUUCCAUUAGCAUUUGCAACUAGUUUUAAAAAAAUGUAAUCUGCAGUGUUGUAAGUUGGCAAUCUGAAAUUUUAAUAUCUGGAUUUUUCAUAAUGGUAGCUGUAUUAUUUAUCCAAUUUUUUACUAUUAUUUAAUUGAAAUCCUAGACUAAGAAGCAUCAUAUUGUAACUGAUCACAAUGUGUAGUUGUAGUACACUAAGUUAGCUUCUAAGCCUGAGUGGAUUAAUCGAAUGAGUUCUUCAUUCUUUUCUGAUAGCCUUAGCAAAUGGAGUAUUCUGUGUAAAUGUGGGGCUUAAUCUCCCCAGUCACAUAAUUUGUUUUGUGUGAAAAAGGAACUGAUCCACACUAGUAGAAAGAUAGAGAUU